CGGUACAGGCGGAAGUGACGUCGUUCCCCGGUGUUUCUCUGACGUGUCCCGGGGCUGUGAGUGACGUGCUGUGUGCGGUCCGGACGGUGCACAAUGUUGGACUUCUUCACCAUCUUCAGUAAAGGCGGGAUCGUGCUCUGGUGCUUCCAGGGGGUGCGAGGUUCCUUCAGCGGCCCGAUCAAUGCGCUGCUGCGCUCUGUCAUCCUCCAGGAAAGAGGCGGCAGCAACUGCUACAACCAUGACUCCCUCACCCUCAAGUACAAGCUGGACAAUCAGUUUGAGCUGGUGUUUGUGGUUGGAUACCAGAAGAUUUUAACCCUAACGUAUGUGGACAAGUUAAUAGACGAUGUCCAUAAAGAAUUCCGGGAUAAAUACCGCAACCAGAUCCAGCAGAAUGGCGCUCUAGGUUUAUUAAACAGUUCCUUUGAUUUCCAGGAUGAUUUUGACUUUCUCCUUAGGGCAGCGGAGGAGAGCGGCAAAGCUCGGGCCCCCACCGCCAUGAAGACCUUCAAAGAGUCGGAGAAGUCUAAGAAGACCGUGAAGUCCAUGAUCGAGAAGCCGGGAGAAAAACUGAAGGAGAAUAAUAAGAAGAACAAGUCUUCAAAGAAAGAGAACAUCGCACCAGAAGCCAUCACUUCAAAUAAAGCAAAGGUCAGCGUACCUGCCGGGGAGAAGGAGGAGCUGACCUCCGAGGAAGCCAUGCAGAGGAAACGAGAGGAGUUCUUUAAGAAGAAGAUGAAGACUGGAGACAAAGCCAGCAAAUCCCCAAAGCCGGAGACUCAGAAGGAGAAAGGGAAGCAGCCCCGUGUGUGGGAGCUGGGACGAUCCAAAAACAAAGAACUAGACUACAGCAAACCCACCACCAAUGGCAGCCCGGAGGAGGUGGCAGCGUCUGAUGAGGACCUGGAGGCGUUGAGACUCCGUAUUGGUCUCAUGCCCGGAAACCCCCCGGAUGUGGAAUAUGAAAGCAGCAGCAGCAGUGAAGAAGAGGAAGAUGUCCCUUCUGUCCAAACUACAACUGCUCCAUCUGCAGCUAAGGCCAGUGCCAAGAAGAGCAGCUUUGGAGGGAUGUUUGGGAUGUUGAGGGGCCUGGUGGGGGCUAAAAGUUUAACCUUGGAAGACAUGGAACCUGUCUUAGAGAAGAUGAAGGAUCAUCUCAUAGCUAAGAAUGUAGCUGCAGAUAUCGCUGUUCAGCUGUGUGAGUCUGUGGCCAAGAGACUGGAAGGGAAAGUCAUGGGAACUUUCUCAACUGUGGCGUCUGCAGUAAAACAAGCUUUACAGGAGUCCCUUGUGCAAAUCUUGCAGCCAAAGCGACGUGUGGAUGUGCUGCGUGAUGUGAUGGAGUCACAGCGCAUGCGUCGUCCGUACGUCAUAACCUUCUGUGGGGUGAAUGGAGUGGGGAAGUCCACCAACCUGGCCAAAAUUUCCUUUUGGCUGAUAGAGAACGGAUAUAACGUGCUCAUAGCGGCUUGUGACACAUUCCGAGCCGGGGCGGUGGAGCAGCUGCGAACUCACACCAGACGCCUUAAUUCCUUGCACCCUCCGGAGCAGCACAACGGGCGCACCAUGGUGCAGCUUUACGAGAAGGGCUAUGGCAAAGACGCUGCUGGAAUAGCCAUGGAAGCCAUAGCUUACGCUCGGAAUCAGGGUUUUGACGUGGUGCUGGUGGACACGGCCGGCCGCAUGCAGGACAACACUCCCCUGAUGACCGCACUGGCCAAGCUCAUCGCUGUCAACAUGCCGGAUCUCGUCCUGUUUGUGGGAGAAGCCUUGGUCGGCAAUGAGGCUGUGGAUCAGCUGGUGAAAUUUAACAAGGCUCUGGCGGAUCACUCUAUGUCGGAGAAGCCGCGUCUCAUCGAUGGGAUCGUGCUCACCAAGUUUGACACAAUUGAUGAUAAGGUGGGCGCUGCCAUCUCCAUGACGUAUAUAACCGGGCAGCCCAUUGUGUUUGUGGGCACUGGGCAGACGUACUGUGACCUGCGCAGCCUGAAUGUCAAAGCGGUGGUGGGCGCGCUGAUGAAAGCCUAAGCGACAUCUCGCUGUCAUCUCUUCAUUAGUGUUUCAGGUUUUUUUGCUUUCUAUCCGCCGUAUUAUAAUCUGAUGUUUCCAGCCCGCUGCCUGACUCUUCUGCGCUGGAGUAGAGACGCCUAACCUGUGGCUCUAUAGCUGCGGUUGAACUACAAGUCCCAUGGACAUGCUGGGAAUUGUAGUUUUGCCACAGGAUGGAGAACAAUACUAUAGAGCAGUGGUCUUAUACCUGCAGACCUCCAGAU